AUGGUUUCGGCACCUGAGACGAACGGCUAUGCGCCACACGCCAAUGGCGACGCCAAUGGCACAGCGCCGCCGAAGAAGAUGAUUCUGAACGCCUUUGUUGAGAUGUGUAGCGGUCACCAAUCGCCAGGGCUAUGGCGGCAUCCCGACGACAAAUCGAUGAACUUCAACGACAUCGAACAUUGGGUGGAGCUGGCCAAGACGCUGGAAGCGGGCGGCUUCCACACCAUGUUCAUCGCCGACGUGCUGGGAGGCUACGACGUGUACAAGAAGAGCCUGGACGAGGCAGUGCGGUCGGGCGCGCAGUGGCCGGUCAACGAGCCGGUGCAGGUGGUGCCUGCCAUGGCCGCCGCCACAAAGCACAUUGGAUUUGGCGUCACCGUGAGCACCACGUACGAGCAGCCUUACCAUCUCGCGAGACGCCUGAGCACGCUGGAUCAUUUGACCAAAGGACGCUGCGGAUGGAACGUCGUGACCGGCUACCUCGACUCGGCCGCGCGCAACCUCGGGCGGGAGGCGCAGCCCGAGCACGACGAGCGCUACGCCAUGGCCGAAGAGUACAUGGAGGUCAUGUACAAGCUCUUCCAGUCGUCGUGGCGCGAGGACGCGGUGACGCUCGACCGCGCGCGCGGCAUCUACACGCACCCGGACCGCGUGCGGCCCAUCCACCACGCGGGCAAGCACUUCACGGUGCCGGGCCCGCACAUCUGCCAGCCGUCGCCGCAGCGCGUGCCCGUCAUCAUGCAGGCCGGCACCAGCCGCGCCGGCACCGCCUUCUCCAGCAAGCACGCCGAGGCCGUCUUCGUCUCGGGCCACAACCCCGCCAGCUGCGCGCGCGGCGUCGCCAGCAUCCGCGAGCAGGCCGCCGCCAACGGCCGCGACCCGCGCGCCAUCAAGGUCAUCGCCAAGAUGUGCGUCGUCCUGGGGCGCACCCAGGCCGAGGCCGAGCGCAAGUACGCCGAGUACGCGGCCUACGGCGACGUCGGCGGCGCGCUCGCCCUCUUCGGCGGCUGGACCGGCUACGACAUGGACGAGUACGACGACGACGAGGAGCUGCGCCUCGUGCAGACCAACGCCAUCCGCAGCUACAUGGAGGGCCUGGGCAAGCACCAGCCCAAGGUCGGCAAGUGGACCAAGCGCGUGCUCGCCGAGCACCUGGUCGUCGGCGGCCUGGGCGGGACCGUCGUCGGCACGCCGGAGCUGGUGGCGGACGAGCUGGAGAGGUGGAUGCGCGAGGCGGACGUGGACGGGUUCAAUAUCGCCUACGCCAUCCUCCCCCAAUCCUUCACCGACGUCAUCGACCUCCUCAUCCCCGAGCUCCGCCGCCGCGGCACCUUCCAGGACCGCUACCCUUUCCCCCCCGGCGCCACCCUGCGCGAGUCCCUGUCCGGCGUCGCCGGCCGCCGCCUCCCCGCCGACGACCACCCCGCGUCGCGCUAUCUGUGGAGGGCGCCUCCGCCGCCGCCUGCGACGACGACGACGACGACUUCGUCUGCGUUUUCUUCGCUCAGGGGCCGGUCGAACGGGGAUGGGGGGAAGGAUCAUCGUGGUCAUGGGGAGAGGGAGCGGGAGAGGCUGCCGGGGGCGUUUGCGGGACUGGAGGUGGGAGUGGGAGUGGGAGUGGGAGUGGGGGGACUUGCUGGUGGUGGUGCUGGGAAGAAGGUGCAUGUCGGUGAUGAUGGCGUCGUGCCGGCCAGCAGUCGGUAUGUGCCGGCUUGGUUGCGGGAUGACUGA